GCAAUACGUAUUUUCUUAUAUGUACAUUUGUAUAACUUCGAUUUAUCAAUUAUCAUUUUCUCCCUACACCUAAAAUCAAAACACAUUUAAUUAAUUAACACCAAAAAGAAAAUGGAGGGAAUUACGAGCAACACCCUUAGCCAUAAACCUCCAAAUCGCGGUAAUCUCAUAACAAUUCUGAGUAUAGAUGGUGGAGGCAUUAGGGGAAUCAUCCCGGCAGUCAUGCUUGAGUUCCUAGAAUCACAACUUCAGAAGUUAGAUGGUGAAGAAGCAAGGUUGGCUGAUUAUUUUGAUGUCAUAGCUGGAACGAGCACCGGUGGCCUCAUAGCCGCCAUGUUAGCCGCUCCUAACGAGAAAAACCGGCCACUUUGUGCCGCCAAGGAGUUAACUCCUUUUUAUCUUGAUCAUAGCCCUAAGAUCUUCCAACAACCAAGUUGUAGCGGGCUAUUCGGGUCAAUUGGAACUCUAGUGAAGGUACUAAACGGGCCAAAAUAUGAUGGGAAGUACCUUCACAAGAUAUUGAGAGGACUACUAGGAGAAACAAGGUUGCAUCAAGCGUUGACUAAUGUGGUUAUUCCCACUUUUGACAUCAAGAAUCUUCAGCCUGUUCUCUUUUCUUCUUUUAUGGUCCCAGUUGCCAGAGAAUUGGACGCUUUGAUGUCUGACAUUUGCAUAGGCACGUCUGCCGCUCCAACGUUAUUACCGGCGCAUUAUUUUGAGAACAAAGAUGAUCAGGGCAAUAUUAUUGAAUUCAACCUCAUUGAUGGUGGUGUUGCUGCCAAUAACCCCACUCUAGUUGCAAUAACUGAAGUUACAAAACAAGUAGUGAAGCACAACCCGAAUUACUUCCCGAUAAAGCCCACGGAUCGUGAAAGGUUGUUGGUAAUAUCGCUAGGGACUGGAUCCGACAAGAUAGACCGGAAAUACAAUGCUAAGAGCGCAUCAAAAUGGGGAAUAGUAUCAUGGUUAUUUGAGGAUGGUUCAACUCCAUUACUUGAUGCUUACAAUCAAGCUAAAGCUGAUAUGGUCGAUUUCCAUAACUCCGUGGCUUUUGAAGCUUAUCGUUCCCUUGAUAAUUACCUUCGCAUUCAAGAUGAUACAUUAACAGGACAAUCGGCAACAGCGGAUGCAGCAACCAAGGAGAAUUUGGAAAAUCUAGUGAAAAUAGGAAAAUCACUCUUGAAAAAACCAGUUUCGAGGAUUGAUUUUGAUACAGGCAUUUAUCAACCUAUUCCUAAUGGUGGAACCAAUGAGGAGGCCUUGAUACGCUUUGCGAAAAUACUUUCCGAGGAAAGGAGAACGCGCGAACAACCUGGGACGGACCAAAAAGAGUGAUCAAUUUAUCACUGAUUAUCAACGUUCUUGUUGGAUAUUAAUUUACUAAGCUAUUUGUUGAUUAUACGUACAUAAACUCGUUUCAUUAAAUUAUGAAUAAGUUUAAUUUGUCGAUCAAACCAAACAAAUUUCACAAGUUCUGUAAUACUAUGUAGUAAUACGUACGUACAUGAUUGUGUGCGAGUACUCAUUUAAUUUAUUUAUUUUUGUUGAUAGAUACGUAAGAGUAUAAUUAGGAGGCCCUCCUCUUAAAGAGUACACCUAAUUUAUCAAUGCGUAUUAAAUAUUAAUAUUAAAUUGAUUCUUCAAUAUGAUAA